AUGAAGGAAUCUGUCCUUAACAGGAAGACCAGAUCAGCAGUGGGGGGGUGUGAACCGCCCGCUCCAGGCUCCUGUGUAGGCCUCAGUCAGUCUGAAUGUUAUUGCAAGGCCAAGCCGGGAUCAUGGAGCCGGCUGAUAUGGCAACAGCAAAGCACUGCCAGUAACUCAAACCGCAGCACACCGGCCUGCUCUCCCAUCCUCCGGAAGCGGUCCCGCUCACCGACCCCACAGAACCAGGACGGAGACGCUAUGGUGGAGAAGGGCUCAGACCACUCCUCGGACAAGUCCCCGUCCACGCCGGAGCAGGGCGUGCAGCGCAGCUGCUCCUCGCAGUCCGGCCGGAGUGGUGGCAAAAACUCCAAG